ACAAUUUGUGAUUCAUCAUCCAUGAUUCAUCCGGAAUGUCAACCAGCUUUUUGGUACUUCUCGGGACCAGUUUUUUACUAUAUGGGGCGACCACUUGCAAUGAGCCGAGAUCUGACGCGCUGUGCGUGGAUACGUUCACGCAGAACGCGGGAUUAUUCGUGUACUUGGAACAAAAGGUUUGUGGGGGAAGGUGGAGGCGGGUUUCGGGCUGGUGUUUCUGUGUCCCCUGGUUGAUUACGCUGUUAGACAACGGGUUUGAAGACUGAAGCUUGAAGCACUGGGUCAUUGAACCAGUCCAUGUUCAUUCAAUCGAGUCUCAUCGAAAAAGUG